GUGUUUCCUUUGGAGAUGGAUUACCUGCGCUGUGCUGCAGGUUCAUGCAUCCCCUCAGCCAUAGUGAGCUUUGCUGUCUGGAGGAGAAACGUCAGCGCGAUUCCCAACUUCCAGAUACUGUUUGUGUCCACGUUUGCUGUCACCACGACGUGUUUGAUCUGGUUUGGAUGCAAACUUGUACUGAACCCGUCAGCAGUAGAUAUCAAUUUCAAUCUGAUUCUGCUGCUUCUGCUGGAGCUUUUCAUGGCAGCCACGGUGAUCAUCUCUGCGCGGUCCAGCGAGGCGCACUGCAAGCAGAAGAAGGGCUCCAUCUCCGAGAGCACCAACAUUCUGUAUGAAGUGACAUUUCCUGCUCGGGUCCUGAAAUCCUAUUCCGUCAUCGAGGUGAUCGCCGGUGUCUCCGCCAUCCUUGGAGGGGUCAUCGCUCUGAACGUGGAUGACGCCAUCUCAGGCCCGCACCUUUCGGUGACGUUCUUUUGGAUCUUAGUGGCCUGUUUUCCAAGUGCCAUUGCCAGUCAUGUGACGGCAGAGUGUCCCAGCAGAUCUCUGGUGGAGGUGCUGAUAGCCAUCUGCAGCCUCGCGGCCCCGCUGCUGUUCACGGCCUCGGGGUACCUGUCCUUCAGCGUAAUGAGAAUCAUGGAUGUCUUUAAAGAUUACCCGCCAGCCUUCAAGCCAUCCUACGACGCGCUUCUGUUGCUGCUGAUGCUGGAGCUGCUGCUGCAGGCGGGCCUCAACACGGCCACGGUCAUCCAGUGUGUGCGCUUCAAGGCGGGCGCAUCCUGGGACGCUGCACAGACCGGCCCGCAGGGACGCCCGGCGGGAGAGGUGGCCAGAAGCCCCCUGAAGGAGUUUGACAAGGAGAAAGCGUGGAGAGCCGUCAUGGUGCAAAUGGCCCAGUGA